ACACUUGUUAUAUCUUUUAUUUCCCUUCAGAUAAUCUACAAUAAUGCCGCCAUUUCCUCCAUGUUGUGGCCUUAUCAUCGUGGCUUCCCGCCAGCCAGUCCCUCUGCAGGGGAUCUCGGUGGACGUCCAGGUGAAAGGCUUUGUGGUGGAUGUAUCGGCCACUCUCAAGUAUAAGAACAAGGAGGAGAAGGCGGUGGAAGCAGUCUUUAUCUUCCCCAUGGAUGAAGACUCCGCCGUCUACAGCUUUGAGGCCACAACAGAGGGGAAGACGAUUGUAGCCGACCUGCAGGAGAAGGAGCAGGCUCACAAAACCUAUGAUGAGGCCAUCAGCCGGGGCGAGCAAGCCUUCCUCCUGGAGGAAGAUGAGAGCUCAGCAGACAUCUUUAGCUGCAGUGUUGGGAAUCUCCCUCCCGGCCAGGAAGCUGAGAUCACCCUGAAAUACGUCCGGGAGUUGCCGUUGGAGGCGGACGGAGCUGUGCGUUUUGUGCUGCCGGCCGUCCUCAACCCGAGAUACACCCCAAAAGGUGCAAAUAGUUUAUUUCAGUGGUCCAUUAUGGCGGAGUCAGUGGCCAUGAUGAAUUUCUAUCCGAAUUUCCCAGCUGGUCAGGAGCAGACCAAUUGCGGCGAGUUUAUUUUCCUUGUGGACCGGUCUGGCAGUAUGGAGCGUUCAAUGUAUUCAGAGACAGACAGAGAAUUCCCGCAGAGGAUUCAGAGUGCCAAGGAGACGCUGCUUCUUCUAUUGAAGAGUUUACCUCUCGGGUGUUACUUCAAUAUCUAUGGCUUUGGCUCCUAUUUUGAGGCUUUCUUCCCGGAGAGUGUGGAGUACACACAGCAGUCCAUGGAGGAGUCGGUGAAGAUGGUGAAUGAGAUGGAUGCCUGUUUCGGAGGAACAGAAAUUCUCCAACCUCUAAAGAAGAUCUACCAAACAGCCGGGAGAGCCGAGCACCCCCGACAGCUUUUUGUCUUCACAGAUGGAGAAGUCGGGAACACAAAGCAAGUGAUCGAUGAAGUUCAGAAAAAUGCUCAGAAACACCGAUGUUUUGCGUUUGGGAUCGGUGAAGGAGCCUCCACAUCCCUCAUUAAAGGCAUGGCCCGGGCAGGAAAUGGAACCUUCGAGUUUAUCACCGGCAAAGACCGCAUGCAGCCCAAGGUUCUUCGGGCGCUAAAGUGGUCCCUACAGCCCACCGUGAAGGACGUCUCCCUUACAUGGACCCUUCCUUCUGGUGUGGAGGCCAUCGUCCUGUCCAAAGUCCCCACUACCAUCUUCCAGGGACAAAGGUCCAUUGUCUACGCUCAGCUAAAGGGAAAGGUGGAGAAUGAAGGUGAGGUCUGUCUGCAGUACAAGUUUAAAGAUGAAGUUGUAAAGAACGACAUUCGUUUCCCGCUGAACGUGCAGAGUGCAGAAAGGCCCACCAUCCACAGACUGGCAGCCAAAGCUCUGAUCUCUGAGCUGGAACAUGGAACAGAGUCACAGUCUGAAGAGGUGAAGAAGAAGAUCCUGGAGACCAGCCUGCAGUCUGGUGUUGUCUCUUCUCUCACAGCUUAUGUAGCCAUCAACAAGGACACCAAGACACGUGUGGAGGGUCCUCCUGUGCGUAUAGAAGUCCCAGCUCCAGCAUUCAUGAUGAUGGGCUCACCCAAUUUAAUGCAUAGAAGGUUGCGUGGAGGUGGUCCCAUGUCUGGUGAUGAUCCCAUGGCUGGUGGUGAUCCCAUGGCUGCUGGUGGUGGUCCCAUGGCACGUUUGAGAAGUCAAUCCCAGUCAUCAUCAUCUGAUGAGGAGGAGGAGACGUCGUCGGAGGAGGAGUUUUGUUAUUCCAAAAAGUCCAGACGUGUGGCAGAGCUACAGUGGUUGUGUCAGAUGCAUCCGCCCCUUCCUUCCCUGUACACUGUGGUCUCACUUGCCAACUGCUACGCCACCCUAGGUCUGCGGGUACACAGUACUGACCCAGCUGCCAGCAGAUUAGCAGAACUCCAUCGAGCCCUCUUGGGUUUUCUUGACCAAGGUUUCAGUGCGCCAGUACUUGUGACAGAAUGGUUUCAAGACUUUUACCCCAAGCUGUUCACCGUUCCCAAACCUAAAAGGGGUUUCAACCUCAUCUUAGAUUUCAAAGCCCUGAAUGCCUUCAAUUAUGCCCAGACAUUCUGCAUGAAAUCCACAAAGUCUGCCAUCAACUCCCUUCACCAGAUCCUUAUGAUGGAUGUCAAGUUGUUGGGCUGGGAAGCAGUCCUGGGCACUUUGACGGUGUGGUGGACUUAUUCGGAGGAGGAGCGUCAUUUUCUGAUCACCAUCCUGGAGCUUUGGGCAAUUUGCAUAUUGCUCAGGGUGAGAGUUUCCACAUUUCUUGGGACCAAUUUACCUUCCUGCUUCACAGUUGCUUCUAUUUAUGGCGUGGCUGUUGAAACCCAGGCUAUGAGACACAUGGUCAUCUCUGAAUCUGUGAUUUGUACGAUGCUGGAGGCUACUUCCUCAUCAUCUGAUGAGGAGGAGGAGACGUCGUCGGAGGAGGAGUUUUGUUAUUCCAAAAAGUCCAGACGUGUGGCAGUGGGGACCUCUGCUCUCUUGAGACUAAUCUCCUUGCAGAACGCGGAUGGAUCCUGGAACCUGACUCCCGAAUUCUCUGCUGUCCUGGGAAUAUAUGAGACCAACAUAAAGGCCAGGAACCCCAACCAGAACGUGGAGGUGUCGGUGUGGGUGACGGUUCUGGCGGUAAUCUGGCUUCACGCCACCAAUCUGGAUCAGAGAGAGGAGUGGGAGUUGCUGGAGGGGAAGGCCUUCUCCUGGGUCAGGGCCAGAGCAGGUUCCUCUCUGGGUGAGUUUGUCAGAGCCGGGAAUGAGCUGCUGAAAUCCUCCGUGAACCCCAAAGUGUUCGGCCUGUAAGGGGAGACCUCCGGAGGAACCAAGA